AUGGACCCCAACGAUCUGAAGGAUAAAUUGGUAUCGAAAAAAGUUCUCAUCUCUGGGGGCACAGGGUUUGUUGGUUCCGCCACUGUGCGCGCCCUGGCAGAAAAGCAUCCCUGUUGCGCCAUUACCGUCAUCGACCGCAGCCCCCCACGUCCCCAAUAUGCACUACCAGAGGGGAUUACAUGCAUGCAAGUCGAUGUGUCCUCUGCGGCCGAUGUUUCCAAGGCAUUCGAGGCGGUUAAACCGGAUGUGGUGAUCCACACGGCUGGAGUCAUCCCAGCGCUGGCUGACCGAUUCGGUCGGAGGUUGGAGAAGGAGGUGUGGAAGGUCAAUGUCGUUGGUACCCAGAAUAUGCUGGAUGCAGCCACAGAAAAUGGGCCGUUGCAUUCAUCUAUACCAGUAGCUGCUGUGUGGUGA